AUAGACUGAUCUCCUAAGUGCUUGCCCUGAUGGCUAGCGGCUUGGGUGGCGUCUUCGAGCGGUAUGCUCAUUUGCAGCCAGAGCUGCCUGCCGUGUUGGAUCCUUUGGAAGGGGUCUGGAGCUAUCAGGAGCUGUGGCACUUCUCAGGGCAAAUCUGCGCACACUUCCUUCAGCUGGGCUUGCGAGGCGAGAUCGAGCCCAGCUCUGGGGUGGCUCCCGUGGCCCCAAGGCCACUAGCAGUUUUCCUGCAACCUGGCCGAGUUUGGUACUCUGCCUGCGUUGCUGCUUGGCGCUUGGGACUCCCCGUGGUUCCGCUGGAGGAGGACUUUGCCAAGGAGCCACUGGCCGCAGCACGUGCUCAACGUGCUCUGGCAGAGCUCCGCCCUCAAGCGGUGCUUUGCACGGGGGCUUUAGAGUUGGAGAUUGAAGAUUGCUUGAGAGUGUCUUUGGAGCAGCUGCAGAAGGUCUUGGCGGCUGAUGUCAUGGCAAUCCCUUCCUUCCCAGUUGCGCCCGAGACUGUCCUAUGCUAUGUUUACACGGGUGGCACCACACGGCAUAGCAAGUGUGUGGCUAUCACCCAUCAGAUGGCAUUAUGGGAGGUCGAGCACUAUGCUACCGCCUUAAAAGGUCUUGCUGGAAACACAGAUCGCAUGCUACAGUAUGCAUCCGCCUAUUGGGGUGCAGCCCUCUUUGGUCAAAUGGACUUGGCCUUGGCCUUUGGCGCUUGCAGCGUCAUCCACUUGGCCAAACAGCCAGAGGACAUCGCUGUGGCCUGCCGCAACUUCAACAUCACCGUCCUUGGCAUCGUCCCAUCGCAGCUUCGAGCAUGGCCCGGUGUGAAGGCCAGGCCCAGCUCCUUGCGGUUGCUGGUCACCUGGGCGGAACGAACGCCGCCAAAGCUGGCGAGGGAAUGGAAGAGUGAAAUCCCCGUGAUCGAACUGCUGAUUGCCAGUGAAUACUGGCUGUCUUUCUUCUCGGAGUGCUUCGUUUGGACAGAUGUGGAUGGAGUAGAACGACAUGUACUUCACCCCUUGCCACAGCUGGACUUUAAGCUGCUCAAAGAAGAUGGAUCUGAAGCAGCGCCUGGUGAAAGUGGUGAACUCUUCCUCAGUGGAAGCACCGUUUUCGCCGGAUAUGUUGAAGAGACAGGCCAGAUCUCAGAGAGUUUCUUCCAGCAAGUGGAUGGGCGAAGAUACUUCCGCACGCGAGAUCGACUGAAACGGCUUCCAAGUUCUGGGCUUCCGGCUUUCGUCUAUAUGGGUCGGGCCGACUCCCUGCUGAAGAUUGGUGGAGCCUGGCGGGACAUGGAAGCGGUGGAGGCCACGGUUUCAGCUCUUCCUCAAAUUGCAGCUUGUGCCAUUGUCGCGGAUGGUGAUGAGUUGUCUGCAUACCUUGAACUGGAGAAUCCCCGUGGAGCAGAUGCUUCACCAGCACGUGGGGAACCACUGAAGCGAGUUCAAGAAAGGGCCUUGCAAAAGCUGGGAUCCCUUGGGAUUUCUCAGGUGCACAUUUGGUCUUCCCUGCCAUUGCAUCCGAAGACCUCCAAGGUGAACCGGCAAGAGCUUUUGGCCGACCUGGCCCGCCGGAAGUCUCGGGAGCUGGCGUGGACGGCGAAGCUGAAGGAGGUGCAGAAGAAGAUGAUCAAAGGCUAUGCAGUUUGGCACAUCUUCACCAUCGCCCUCGUGUUACUCUCAGGCCGCCUUCAUGGCUCCAAGAUGCUUCUGUGGCGGUUAUUGAAGCUGCCUUAUCUUUGGACAGCCUUUCUCUACUUCUGGCAGCGACUGGGGAAGAAUCGACAUCGAUGGGUGGUGUUCAAUCUUCCGGUGGGUCCGCCUGAUAUUUUCUUGCUGCUUGCAAUGCUGGUGCCGAACUUCUUGCUGAAGCAAUUCUUUCUUGUCUGUAUUGCUGCAAUAUCUUGGUUGCGGGAUCGAGAUGGCAUUGCAGCUUCCGGCUUCCUGUCUUUAGGCAUCGCUGGGGCCUCGGAGGCCUCUGCUGCGAAGAUGACAAUUCUGCUAGGUCUGCUUGGUCGCUACUGCUUUCGACCCAGCAGAUUGCAGUUCUUGUUGGGUUUGCCUUGUGCAUACCUCUUCAGCUUUCCAAAAUGGUAUCGAGAUGAGUUCGUUGUGCGAUCCACCUGGGACAGCUCCUAUCUCCGACGCUUCCUCCUACGAUGGAUUCCCGCUUUGCAGAAACCUCCCUUCGAUGCCAGCUUGCGCUUUAAGAAAGAAGAUGUGGCCUACGACUGGGGAUCUGAAAAGAGAUGGGUGAACGUGUGCUUGAACACGAGAGAGUAUGGAUCGCUAGCACUCCUGAGCUUCUGGGAACCCGUGCGCCCUGCGAUUCUUCCUCCAGAGCCGGGCGCAUCCACAGCCACAGCCGCACCGGCACCAGUGCUGCAGACCGAGACCGAGCCUGGUGACGGCAUGGCCAGGUCGUUGGCUUUGCUGGUGGCGCGAGUGGGUGGAGACCCCUCUGGCCUAUCUUUGGAUUCUUUGCAAGCGAUUCGGCUGGCUGAGUUGGCCCGACACGAGCUGGGGCUCGUGCUGUCACCCGGGCUGGUGCUACGAAGUGCCGACGUAGAGACCUUAGUGGACUCCUUAGACGCUGAGGUUCAGGAGUUGCCUGGAGAGCAUGAACAGCCAGAUGAAGAGAACGCCUGGCGGCUUUACCUCAUGGAGUUCCCCAAGUCGCCCGUCGAUUGGUAUGUGCGCUUUGGUGCUGGUCAUUUGGACCUGCCUGCCUUGCAGCGCGCCUGUGACCGCUUGGUCUCGCGGCACUCAGCGCUGCGCACGGUGCAAAGCCCCGACGAGGCCAUGCGGGAGGCCAUGGACCGGGCAGCGGCCAUGUGGCAGUUGAUCUGCUCUGCCUAUGGCUCCUAUGGCUCUCCCAAAUGGCAAUGUCUGGGUCGCCUGGUGCGCCGCUUGCUCAUGGCGACAUGGCCCCGGACUUUUCUGAAAGAGGAGCACCUGGCACGAGUUGAGAUUCAGAUGCCAGAUGAAGUGUUGCGAGAUCCGAACUACCAACGGCUCAGCGAUGACGAUUGCAUGUUCAUGCAGUCCUCGACUUUGCGAUCGAAACACCGCUGGCCCUUUCAUAUCUUCGUAUAUCCACUCGUCCGCUCUGGCGCUGCUGGCGCUCUGUCCAAGGAUUUGCCCUUGGCACAGGCGGUGCGCAUGCUUCCUCCCGAAGAUGUUGUUUGGUACAUCUAUGCUGGCAUCACCCAUGCCUAUAGCGAUGGCGCCUGCGGCAACGCCCUGCUACAAGACUUGCUGCGGCUGUAUGCAGAGGAGAUGCAGCUGGGGCCGCAAAUCCACCCAGCACCAGCUGAACCCAUGGCCUUGCUCCAAGAUCGACUCAAGAACUCGCUCGAGGGUCGUUUGCCUGGGCGGCGGCCGAACCCCAACGAGGAUGUGCAUCACGAGAUCUUGUGUGAGGAUUGGGGUCGCCGGCCAGGGUUUCAGAAGAAGGUCCGCUUGGACGAGAGCAUCUUCUUGGCCUUGCGCUCCGUCAAGGACGUGCUCGGCUGCAGCCCGGAUGUGGCCUGGCUGACGGCCGUGGUGGGCUCGCUCCUACGGCUUUUUCCCUCGGAGCAGCGGAUCCAACUGAUUCUGAAAUGUGCGUGUCGUGAUGGGCCCAAUCAACACAACAUGGUGGGCUUUCUCUCGGAGCAACGUGUGAUCCCGGUGGAUGUGGGAGAGUCGCGUCGCGCCAAUCUGUUGGACGUGGCAUGUUGCAUCGAACAUGCCCGACGUAGCCGGGCAUGGCGAGCGCCUCAGCCUUAUGAGGCAUCGAUUUGCGUCUAUAUCAACAUUGUAGGCUCCAUCAACGAUGGAUUGCCUUUGGGAUGCUCACAAGUGUGUCGCUGCGCUAGCGGCUCCUCAGGGCAAACGGAUGCAUGGGCCCACUUGAACCUUCGCAUUGAUCAGCUGGAUCUGCUGAAGUGGGACUUCCGGAUCCUUCACUGGGACAAAGCUUGGGGCUGGGGUUGGGGUGAUUACUUCAUCAGCAUCCUAGGGGCCGUCAUUGCAGACAUGGUGGAGUGCCCGCUGGACCCCAUUGUGCCAGCACCAGCUCCUGCCUGGCGAGUGCUCAGCAUACAAGACGAGGCAGGUGUGAAGCGCAAGGACCCACCAGCGGCUGAAGAAGCCAUGGGAGCUGCUUCCAAUGGAGGUAGCAAAGCCAUGAGGAUAGAUGCGGAUGCAGACGCGUGAGUCAUGUGAGACAUCCGAAGUGCCGUGAGCCCUUCGCCCCAAAGGGGGCCUGAAGAA